UCGCCCCUCGCCUCUCUCCUCUCGCCGCGGCGGCGGCCAUGAGCCGGGCCCCGAGCCCCUGACUCGGGCGGCAGGACGUCGCGGCCCGGCAUGGCGGUGAACGCCGUGCACUGGUUCCGCAAGGGGCUGCGGCUCCACGACAACCCCGCGCUGAAGGAGUGCAUCCGCGGCGCCGACACCAUCCGCUGCGUCUACAUCCUCGACCCCUGGUUCGCCGGCUCCUCCAACGUGGGCAUCAACAGGUGGCGCAACAGCGAGAGAGCUCAUGCUGUCCCAGCGCUGCCCGUGGGCCCUCUUGCCAUUUUUUCCAGGUUUUUUUGUUUUUUGUUAUUUUUGGUACCGGCGAUCGAACCCCCGGGUCCUUGCACUUGCGGGUCAGGCAGCAGAACCGCUGAGCUAAACCCCGGCCCCAGAUUUUUGCUUCAGUGUCUUGAGGAUCUCGAUGCCAAUCUACGAAAAUUAAAUUCUCGCCUGUUUGUGAUCCGUGGACAGCCAGCAGAUGUGUUUCCUCGGCUUUUCAAGGAAUGGAAUAUCACUAAACUUUCGAUUGAGUAUGAUUCAGAGCCCUUUGGAAAGGAACGAGAUGCAGCUAUUAAGAAACUGGCUACUGAAGCUGGAGUAGAAGUCAUUGUACGAAUUUCACAUACGUUAUAUGACCUAGACAAGAUCAUAGAACUCAAUGGUGGACAGCCGCCUCUAACUUACAAAAGAUUUCAGACACUAAUCAGCAAAAUGGAGCCACUGGAGAUUCCAGUGGAGACCAUUACGUCCGAAGUGAUAGAAAAAUGCGUGACUCCUCUGUCUGAUGACCAUGAUGAGAAAUACGGAGUUCCUUCCCUGGAAGAGCUGGGUUUUGAUACUGAUGGCUUACCCUCUGCAGUGUGGCCAGGAGGAGAAACUGAAGCACUUACACGUUUGGAAAGGCAUUUGGAAAGAAAAGCUUGGGUGGCAAACUUUGAAAGACCUCGGAUGAACGCUAACUCCCUGCUCGCGAGCCCUACUGGGCUCAGCCCUUACCUCCGAUUUGGUUGUUUGUCCUGUCGGCUGUUUUACUUCAAGCUAACAGAUCUCUACAAAAAGGUAAAGAAGAACAGUUCCCCUCCCCUUUCUCUUUAUGGACAACUACUAUGGCGUGAAUUUUUCUACACAGCAGCAACAAAUAAUCCCCGCUUUGAUAAGAUGGAAGGAAACCCCAUCUGUGUUCAGAUUCCUUGGGAUAAGAAUCCCGAGGCUUUGGCCAAGUGGGCAGAGGGCCGGACGGGCUUUCCGUGGAUCGAUGCCAUCAUGACCCAGCUCCGCCAGGAGGGCUGGAUCCACCACCUGGCCAGGCACGCGGUCGCGUGCUUCCUGACGCGCGGGGACCUGUGGGUGAGCUGGGAGGAAGGGAUGAAGGUAUUUGAAGAAUUACUGCUUGAUGCAGAUUGGAGCAUAAAUGCUGGAAGUUGGAUGUGGCUAUCUUGUAGUUCCUUUUUCCAGCAGUUUUUUCACUGCUAUUGCCCUGUUGGUUUUGGUAGGAGAACAGAUCCCAAUGGAGACUAUAUCAGGCGCUAUUUGCCUGUCCUAAGAGGCUUCCCUGCAAAAUAUAUCUAUGAUCCCUGGAAUGCACCAGAAGGCAUCCAAAAAGUAGCCAAGUGUUUGAUUGGAGUGAAUUACCCCAAGCCGAUGGUGAACCACGCUGAGGCCAGCCGCCUGAACAUCGAGCGGAUGAAGCAGAUCUACCAGCAGCUCUCGCGAUACCGAGGGCUAGGUCUUCUUGCAUCAGUUCCUUCCAAUCCUAAUGGGAAUGGAGGUCUCAUGGGCUACGCUCCUGGAGAGAGCAUCCCAGGCAGCAGCGGCAGCGGAAGUUGUGCCCAUGGGAGCGGCAUCUUACCCUGUGCUCACACAGACGGUCAGCAGGCUCACCUGUUGAAGCCAGGUAAGGCAGAGGCCCUGGCGCCCGCGUUGCCCGCUGCCUUCCUGUCCUCAGCAAGCCAUUUCCGGUGUGCAGGGCGGAACUGUGUGGGCCCGGUGCUCAGCAGUGGGAAGCGGCCCAGUCAGGAGGAGGACGCGCAGAGCAUCGGCCCCAAGCUCCAGCGGCAGAGCACUGACUGACCCGAGAACACUCAGAAGGAAUACUGUUGCAGCUGAAAUUGAUGGGAGAGCAGUACCUUUCAAUUAAGUUAUUUAAAAAUAUUCUUCAUUGAUGGAAAGCAGUUACAUUUUGAAUGCAUUAUUUCUAAUGACAUUUCUGUGGUUUGUAACUUUUUAACGAAUUUCACAUAGGACAAGUGGUAAUUUGUAUAUAAAGAAGUUGGUAACAGAAUUUGCUUAAUGUAAAUACAGUCAAAGUUAGUAUAGACCCAUCGAUAUAUUUUUGAUAAUUUUUCAUGUAUGGUAAAAGUUUAAGUUGCAAACUGAUAUUCUGAUAUAAAACUCAAACAUUUUGAGAGUUGAUGUGGAAAAAUAGGAGGUUUUUAGACUUUCUUAAAAGACUUUGUUAAGAUUUUAGGACAAAACUUUCUUGACAACAUGGUUUGACCUAACUUUGGACUCUUUCAUAAUAAUGUUUCAGAAAUAUAUAUAAUCAGAAUUAGUAGGUGCUGCCUCUGUUAACACACAGUGUGCUUUAAAGUCUAAUGUAUGCCUAAGCUGUGGAAGGACCGUGUGUUAAAGCUCCUUGUCUCUCUGUUGUGAUUCAUUUACAGCUAAAGUGACUUUGUUAUUAAAGUAUAUGCAAAUAGGCAA